GAAGGGUAAUGGAGUUACUGAUUAAUGAGGAUUACAUAGAGGAUGUUAUGGUCAUUCCUAUUGUCGGUAUGGGGGGCCUUGGUAAGACAACAGUUGCUCAGCUAGCAUACAAUGAUGCGAGGGUGGAGAGGCAUUUUGAUUUAAGAAUGUGGGUUUGUGUGUCAGAUGAUUUCGAUGUGCGGAGGCUAACAAAAGCAAUUUUAGAAUCUGCUGCAGACAGAAAAUGUGAUCUCCUAGAUGUGGAUUUACUGCAACGUCGCCUCCGAGAAAAGCUGAGUGGGAAGAAGUUCUUACUUGUGUUGGAUGAUGUAUGGGACGAAAAUCCCGAGAAAUGGUAUCGGUUGAAACAAUUUCUCAGAGGAGGUGCAAGGGGUAGUAAAAUCAUAGUAACUACCCAUAUUGAAAACGUUGCUUUAAUCAUGGGCACUCUCACUCCUCACCAUUUGCGGAGAUUAUCGGAAGAUGAUUGUUGGUCUCUGUUCAAGCAGCGGGCAUUUGGGCAUGGAAGACAAGAACAUCCAAACUUUGUAAUGCUUGGAAAGGAAAUUGUGAAGAAGUGCGGGGGCAUCCCUCUGGCAGCGAAGGCACUCGAAAGCUUGAUGCGCUUCAAAACAGAGGAAAGAGAGUGGUUGUUUGUCAAAGAAAGUGACAUUUGGAUUCUGCCUGAAGAAGAGAAUCGCAUUUUACCUGCUUUGAGGUUGAGUUAUUAUCAUCUUCCACCACAUUUAAAGCAAUGCUUUGCAUACUGCUCAAUAUUUCCAAAAGAUCAUAUAAUCGUGAAGAAGAAGCUAAUCCAACUAUGGAUGGCAGAAGGUUUUAUUAAAUCAUCAGACAGAAGAAAACAAAUGGAAGACAUCGGUGGAGAGUAUUUCAAUAAUCUAUUAUGGCGGUCCUUCUUUCAAGAUGUUCACAAAAAUGAUGAUGGGAAUAUAGUAUGGUGCAAGAUGCAUGACCUCGUGCAUGAUCUUGCAUGCUCUGUGGCUGGAAAUGAAUGCUCGAUUGUGCAGUUAAAGAAUGCAGUGAGUAUCCCUAACAUAUCUCGUCGUUUGUUGUUGGAUUGCGGGUAUAACAUAUGUGUCCUAACAGACCCAAAGCCCUCAAGGAGAGCAAACCAUUUACGAACGCUGCUUGUGCUUAGAAAUCUGCAUUUCAGCAUUUCUCAUAAUGUUUUGCUACAUUUUAUGUUCUUACAUGUGCCAGAAUUAGACAGAACGAAUGUCACCAAGGAGUUGUUGGUUUCAAUCAGCAGGUUGAAGCGCUUAAGAUACCUCCAGCUGUAUAUUUUUAAAAUACGAGCCCUUCCUCAAUCCAUUUGCGCCCUUCACCAUUUGCAAACCUUUAGACUCUCGGACUGUUAUAAUCUUGCAGAGUUACCCAGGGACAUGAGCAAAAUGACUAGCCUAAGACAUCUUGAAAUGAGUAGAUAUGAAAAAUUGACCCAUAUGCCAGCUAAUAUGGGAGAAUUAAAGUUCCUUCAGACUUUGCCAAUAUUCAUAGUUGGUAAGGAUAGUGGAUGUGGUAUAAGAGAGCUGCAGGGUCUAAACCUUGGAGGAAACUUAACUAUUCGAAACCUCGAGAAUGUGAUGUGUGCAGCAGAUGCCCAGGAAGCAAACUUGAAGGAUAAGCCAAACCUUUGUAAGUUGCACUUUUCAUGGGGUCGGGAUAUUGAUCUUCAGUUGGAAGGAAACGUGGAGCAAACCCUUGAAGGUCUCCAACCGCAUCCAAAUCUCAAAAGGUUGACUGUGGAAGAGUACAUGGGUGUCAAAUUUCCGCAUUGGAUGUGUUCUUCAUCACUUCCAAAUCUGAUUAAAGUUUCAGUGAUUAAUUGCAGAAGAUGCGAACAGCUCCCCCUGGUCAGCCACUCACCAUUCAUUGAAGUUCUUGUGAUACAAGGAAUGGAUGCUUUGAAAUCUAUUGACAACCAUUUCUCUGGCGGUGAUGAUGUCACAGAGAGAUUUCAGUCACUGAAAAAACUCAGCUUGAAAGAUAUGCCUAAUUUGGAGUGGUCAGGAUUCAAUGGAAGAGAAGUACUACUCCCUCACCUUGUCAAAUUAACUGUCUCAGGAUGUCCAAAGUUAACAACACUUCCAUGCCUUCCAUCUCCGAAAGAAUUGGUAUUGAUUGAUAGUAAUGAGAUGUUGUUAGGUUCAGUGGCAAACCUAUCCUCACUUUCCUCCCUCAGGGUUGAAGUUUUCAAGGAACCAAGGUCGCUGCCAGAUGGGUUGUUUGAAAACCAUACCCAUCUCUUGAGACUAGAUAUUAAGGAAUGCCCAAAGCUAGAGUCUGUAACUAGGGAGCUUGGAAACCUUGCUGCUCUAGAGUAUCUGUUUAUUUGUGGCUGCAGUUUGUUGGUAUCUUUGCCAGAGGAGUUACAAAACCUCACCUCUCUUCGUGUGCUGUCGAUUGAUGGGUGCAAUGGUCUAACGUCCUUGAGAUUACAAGGCUUGAGCUCUCUUCAAAGUCUAUUAAUCCAGGGGUGUCAAAGCUUAACGAGUUUGAUAGGGGGACUGCAACACCUCACUGCCUUACAAUCCUUGACCAUUAACAUAUGUCCGGAGCUGGCAUAUUUACCAGAGGAUAUGCAACACCUUACUUCCCUUCGACAACUCACCAUCUCGAGCUGUCAGAAGUUGACAUGUUUGCCGGAAGGGCUACGACAUGUCACAACACUGGAAGAGCUAGGAAUUGGUGGUUGGACAAGUGGAAUGACUCUGUCGGAGUGGAUAGGAAACCUGUCCUCCCGUCGACAUUUGGAGAUUGAGGGUUGUUAUAAAUUGACGUGUUUUCCAUCAUGGUUGCAACUCCUAACAAACCUCCAAAUUCUAAAAAUCUGGAAUUGGCAUAGUCUAACAGCUCUGCCGGAGUGGAUAGGAAACCUGUUAUCGCUUCGAUUUUUGGAUAUUUCCUGUUGUGGUAAAUUGGAGUGUUUGCCAUCAGGGUUGCAACUCCUUACAAAUCUCCAACGUCUAAGAAUCAGUCACUGUCCCAAAUUAGAGAAGCGAUGCCAGAAGGAGAAAGGCGAGGAUUGGCACUACAUAUCACACAUCCCAGAUAUCCGUAUUCACGAGGAUUUCCCCGUUUAG